AUGUUCGCGACGCAAUCUUUAACCAAGCAAUUCAACUCGACGGCGACGACGACGAGUUCGUUGACGCGCAAGCAACAAAAGCAAUCUCGAAGACGCGCGGGGAACCAAAUCACGCGCGCGUCUUCUGCCAACGUUGAAAAGCCGAAAGAUUCUCCACCACCAACUUCUUCGGCAACUGCGACGAAUCCUCCGACCCCGCCGAAAAAAGAAGAUCGCAAAAUUGUCAACGGUCAAGACGUUCCAUCUUUCGAGGAUAUCUCCACCGCGCACUUCCGAAUCAGUUCAGGUGUGGUCCGAACGAGAUGCGUCGAGUCUCACGCCAUGUCCAAGGCCACCGGAAGCAGAAUUUUCUUCAAGCACGAGUGGGAACAACGCACCGGGAGUUUCAAAGAAAGAGGCGCGAGAAACGCUUUGAUGUCUUUGUCGGACGCUCAGAAGAAGAAAGGUGUCGUCGCCGCAUCCGCCGGUAACCAUGCGUUAGCGUUGGCCUACCACGGAGCUAAACUCGGCAUUCCAGUUACGGUUAUUAUGCCUUCGAUUGCCCCGUUGACGAAAAUUACCAAGUGCAGAGACUUGCAGGCGAGAGUUAUCCUCCACGGCGCGACGAUUGCAGACGCCGCAAAGUACGGCAAAGAAGAGUACGAGAAGAAGGAGGGGUUGAAAUACAUCAACGGCUUCGACGAUUUUGAAAUCAUCUCUGGUGCGGGCUCAAUGGCUCUGGAAAUUUUAGAAGACGUCAAAGACGUGGAUGCCAUCGUCAUCCCAGUCGGAGGCGCCGGUUUGAUUGCUGGUUGCGCUUUGGCCAUUAAAACGUUGAAGCCAGAUUGCUUAGUCGUUGGCGUUGAAGCCGAUCGAUGCCAAUCCAUGAGCGCGGCGUUGAAGGCGGGUAAACCUACACUCGUUCCUUCUGGAGCUACUUUGGCGGACGGUUUGGCUGUGCCAACCGUCGGACCGCGAUCCUUCGAGACGUGCAAAGAUUUGAUCGACAUCAUGGUGACGGUUUCAGAGAGAGACAUCGCGACGGCGCUUUUACGAUUGGUAGAGUUGGAGAAACUCGUCCAAGAAGGUGCGGGUGCUUCAGGCUUAGCGGGUAUUUUGGCAAAUAAGAUACCGCAAUUAAAAGGUAAAACCGUGGCAGUUGCGCUGUGUGGAGGUAACAUUGAUACGAGCACAUUAGGAUACUGCAUUGAACGUGGCUUGGUCGCCGACGGGAGACUCAUUAAAUUUGAAGCCGUCGUGAGUGACCGUCCGGGAGGUAUUGCGGGAUUAUGCGGGGUUAUCGCGGAGGCAGGAGCGAGUAUUAAGCACAUAAACCACGACCGCGCGCGCCUUGGUGAAGAAAGUCACUCCGUGUUGGUCACGGUCGAGUGCGAGUGCACCGGUCCGGAUAUGGGGAAGGACUUGAUUCAGCGCUUGGACAAGAACUACAAAAUCAUCAGCACGAGCAUGUUGUAA